GGGAAAUUUCCUCACAUAGGUUCAUCAAUUGGAUUGGCAAAGAUCGCACGUCAAGACAACACGACAACAACGGAAUGGCGACGCCAAGUGACUUUGAGGUCCCCACGCUUGCGCUGGUCCUGAUCAUCACCACCGUGGCGACUCUUCCCUUGGUCUACAAGGCCUUGGCACCGUCCAAGACUGAGCAAUCCUCUCCUGUCAUGGACCUCAAGGCCAUCCAAGCUCCUCGACUGACUGGUCUGGCGCUCUCCCUCUUUGCCAAAGUGACCCGAAUCCCCAUCUUGGGCAAGUUCAUUCUGCAAUCCAUCAAAAACGACAACGACUUUCAGCACGUGCGCGACUUUGCCGCCACUUUGACGCACCUCGUGCCAUUGUACCUCCCCCUGCAACCUCCAUCCGCUGAAGUGCUCGCAGAGCACACCCAGUUGGCAGCGUCCUUUAGCAUUGAAGCAUUGGCCGACACGCCCAUCGACGUCAAAGACGGCUCCACACAGAUUUACUGA